AUGCCGUUUGGUGAGGUGACGAUCACUUUAGAGGAUGUUGCGACACUGACUGAUUUAGCGAUUGACUGUGAUGCCGUCAUAGUAGACAUACCAAACGAGGACUGGUCGGUUCCGUGUCUUCGACUGUUAGGACGGGCUCCUACUGAUCUUUCCAGCGGUGUUUUGUUCCCCGAUCGGUCUGGAGGUUCAGUUCAUCUGCAGUACCUACUAUUGGUGGAGGAUUGGCAUAGAGCUGGGAGGUUCGCCUGGGGAGCAGCUGUUCUAUCCUACAUGUACUGUGAUAUGGGUAAGUCGCUGCAAAUGACGCAGUCCUCUUCACUAGGUGGUGACCUUGAUGGAUGGUCCGCCUUACUAAUGCUCUGGCCGUGGGAGCGAUUUCCUCAUACAACACCACUACAUACGGAGACGGGGACGCAGAUUAUCGAGGUCGCAGUCCCACGUGGCCUUCGAUGGCUUCCGGCCCAUACCCGUCUGCAUGGUGAUCAAUUCUAUCCGUACAAGUUGUGGUUUGACGAGAGCACGGCCUUCGUGGUUAGUAUAUAA